UGUUACACCUAACGUAGACUGGAAAAGUAAUAAGUGAAACAGUUGUUUACCAAAACAAUAGCAAUUAAAGAUGGCAGCGACAACUAUAAGUGAGGACAGGCUGCAGUCGGGACACCGGCUGUCGCAUCCUCCGCCCGGAGACGAGGUCCUCAUCACAGGCAUAUCGGGAUACUUCCCCGACUCGGACUCUGUCAUACACCUGCAGGAAAACCUUUUUAAUAAGGUGGACUUAGUUAGUAAUGAUGCUCGUCGUUGGAAGGUGGUUCACUCUGAAAUCCCACAGCGUACAGGCAAGAUCAACAACCUCAAUAUAUUUGAUGCGUCCUUCUUUGGUGUGCAUUACGAACAGGCCCAUACAAUGGAACCUAUGUGCAGGAUGAUGUUAGAAAAGGCUUAUGAAGCUAUCAUUGAUGCUGGUAUGAACCCCAAAGAACUCCGCGGUACAAAAGUCGGUGUGUUCAUUGGAACUUGCUUCUCAGAGUCAGAAAAAACAUGGUUCUACGAGAAAAUGCAGAUCAAUAGAUACGGUAUAAGUGGAUGUUCCCGAGCCAUGUUGGCCAACCGUAUUUCCUACUGGUUGGGAGUAACUGGUCCCUCAUACACUAUAGACACUGCCUGCUCAAGUUCCCUUUACGCUCUGGUGCAUGCAUAUAGGGCUAUUCGGGAUGGUCACUGUGAUGCUGCUAUCGUCGGAGGAAGCAACUUGUGUCUCCAUCCCCAUGUAACAUUGCAGUUUGUGAGAUUGGGUUUAUUAUCUCCAGACGGUGCUUGCAAAAGUUUCGACAACAGUGCCAAUGGCUAUGUUCGUUCUGAAGCAAUUGUUAUUAUCUUUUUGCAGAAAGCUAAGGAUUCUAGAAGAGUUUACGCUCGAAUGGUUCACGGCAACACCAAUUGUGAUGGUUACAAAGAGCAUGGUAUCUCGUACCCUGCCAGUGAUACUCAAAAGCUACUAUUAAAAGAGUUUUAUGAAGAAUGUAGUAUUCCUCCAUCAAUGAUAGAAUUCCUGGAAGCUCAUGGUACAGGUACGAAAGUCGGUGAUCCUCAAGAGUUGCAGGCCAUUGACGAGAUCUUCUGCGCCGGUCGCAGGGAUCCGCUAUUGAUCGGUUCCAUCAAGUCUAAUUUAGGACAUACUGAGCCUGCAUCUGGUCUCUGUUCUAUAGCCAAGAUGUGUAUCGCUUACAACACUGGCUACAUUCCUCCUAAUAUUCAUUUCAAAACACCGCGUGAAGGAGUAGCAGCCCUGGCUGAGAAGAGGCUGGCAGUGGUCACUGACAAGACUCCUUGGGGCAGGGGCAUGUCAGGAGUCAACAGUUUCGGAUUUGGAGGCGCCAACGCUCAUGUUUUGCUGAAAGAUGUAGCUAGAGAAAAGGUUAACCACGGUCUACCAUCAGACAACUUACCUCGCCUCGCGUGCGUAUCAGGACGCACUAAGUCAGCAGUAGCUAGGAUCCUCGAUGAUUUGGAGUCCAGGACAGUAGAUGUUGAUCACAUCCGUCUCCUGCAUGCUAUUCAUGAUAAGGACAUUGCAGGGCAUGAUUUUAGAGGAUACACUGUGCUGGGUUCAACCGCUACCAAGAGCGUGUCUCUAGCGCGUGAGAUCCAGUACUUCUCAAGGGUAAGACGUCCAGUGUGGUUUGUAUAUUCAGGUAUGGGCUCCCAGUGGGCUGGUAUGGCCAAGGAGCUAAUGAACAUACCUGUCUUUGCGAGCACUAUUAAAAAGUGCCACAAAGCUCUAGAACCUAAAGGCAUCAACCUAACGAAGAUCAUCACUGAGAAUGACCCUAAGAUCUACGACAACAUCCUCAACUCCUUCAUUGGUAUCGCCGCUGUACAGAUCGGUCUCACUGAUGUCUUGAAGACUAUUGGCAUUGAACCUGAUUACAUUAUUGGUUAUAGUGUCGGUGAUUUUAGUUGCGCAUACGCUGAUGGUUGUUUAACUGCAGAGGAAACGAUAUUAUCGACUUACAAUGAAGGUCUAGCAUUAAAGAAAAAAACUUUAAUCAAGUAUUCCUUGGCUGAUAUCGAUAUUGGAUACCAUCAGCAGGUGGUUAAAAAUUUCAAGAGAACACCUUCACAAAAGUGGGUGUCCACGCCUUUGCUGAACUCUCAAUAUAGAAGUACGAAGCUAUCUAUCAAAAACCACAAUGAAAGUGUUAAGGUAAAUCCAAAUAUGGAGCAGAUCUUAGAACUCUUUGAGGAGACGUCUCGUCUGAUCCACGUUAACGCGAUCACCAUCGAAAUCGCCCCCCAUGGUGUGCUGCAAGCUAUCCUGCACAGAUCUCUGAAGAAGGACGUCAUAAACGUUGCUUUAACAGAAAAGGACCACCCGAACAAUGUACAGGUUCUUUUCACUGCCCUCGGAAAACUGUACAAGUCAGGUCUGAACCCACACCUUGCCAACAUCUAUCCACACGUGCCAUUCCCUGUGUCACAGGGUACGCCAAUGCUUGCCCACCUUGUUGAGUGGGACCACAGUGAGAACUGGUUUGUAACAUCGUUCAAAGAUGUGGACAAGAUGGAGAUUGGUGAAAGGACGGUUUUGAUGUCUAAGAAUGAUGAAUCUGAGUACAUGACUGGUUAUGUCAUUAAUGGUUGUAACUUAUACCCUGUCACCGGUUACCUGUUUUUGGUAUGGGAGACCCUAGGUAUGAUGAUGGGAGAACCCCAUACUGAAGUAUCAGUAGUUUUCGAGAAUGUGCGCUUCCAGAGAACCAUCAAUAUUCCUAAGGAACGUUCUAUGGAGUUUGUCAUCACAAUCCACAAGAAAAGUGGUAAUUUUGAGAUUUUAGAAUGUGGCGCUUCCAUUGUGACUGGUCGUAUCUACGCCAAGAAGAACGUCGGCCAAGACUUCAGAGUACUCCCACACUUGCCUGAAGUCACUGGUCCCUCUAUCAAGCACUUACUGACCAAGGACUUCUAUAAAGAACUACGUCUCAGAGGAUACCAGUACAGUGGUCUAUUCCGUGGUGUCAUCGGUUGUAACGUUCAAUAUACUCGCGGACGUCUCUCUUGGGUCAACAACUGGGUCACCUUCAUGGACUGCAUGCUGCAGAUGAAUAUCAUCGGCCAAGACACCAGGGGUCUCUUCGUACCUACCAGGAUAGAGAAACUGUCUAUUGAUGCUGCUAUGCACUAUAAUGCGACAUCAAAGAUGAAAUCUCCCUCACACAUAAAGUCGUUCGAGGUUCGCGCAUACCCAGAUAUUAACGUCAUCAGGGCUGGUGGUGUUGAAAUCCGAGGUCUGCAUACUACAUCUGUAAUAAAAAGGCAACCUCUGGAAGUACCGGUGUACGAGAAGCACGAGUUUAUCCCCAACUUUGGAAAGUCUAAGAAUAAGAUCGAAGAUAUUCUUCGCACAAACGUCCAGCUGGUUUUCGAGAACAUUCAAACACACAAAGUCAAAACUAUUGAGUUAGUCGAUGAAGAAUACAGAAAGAACGGUCUACAGCCAAUCCUAGAAAAUGUUGGAAAAAUUCUUGCAGAUCUGCCUUUCGCUCUGGGCGACCUUUUGAUGAUUUCCAAAGAACCUAUUAAAGUUUCUUCAAACAUUACUGUUGAAAACAGAAAAAUUAUCGGAGAGAGUAAUGCAGUACUGUUCAUUGGUGCUAAUCUCCUUGGUAGACCUGAGGUUUUUCAACAAGCAGUCGAUACCCUUUGCGACAAAGCCUUCAUUAUGAGUCGCGAAAAGGAACACCCCAACCUAAAUAAAUACUCCGACAAAUAUGACGUCGUGACAUUUAACGAUACCGGCUUUGAAUACUUGGUGCUCUUAAGAAAACGUGUUGGAGCUAGACCAGCCAAGUUUGUUAGAGUUUUGGCUGCUGAUAAUACUUUCUCGUGGGUGAACAAAAUCAAGAAGGAACUUAAACAAGGCCAAAAACUGGUCCUUUACUCCCAAGAUGAACAUAUCAACGGUCUCUUAGGAUUAGUGAACUGUUUGAGGAAGGAGCCUGGCGGUGAAAUUGUGUAUGGUCUCUUUAUUUCUGAUCCAUCUGCUCCUUCGUUCAACCCUUACCUGGAGUUUUACGAAGAACAGCUGAAUAAGGACUUGAUCUUCAACGUAUACAAAGACGGCCAAUGGGGCACUUACCGACACCUUCUCUUGAAAGACUUAGACACAGUACGCGCCAACCAUGCAUAUAUUAAUGCUCUUAUCAUCGGAGAUCUUUCUUCAUUGACAUGGGUCGAAGGGGCUAUCAGGGAAAACCAUGUCUAUAAGGAUAAAGAAAAAGUGCUAGUCCACGUAUACUGCGCAGCGUUAAGCUUUCAUGAUGUUAUGAGAGCCGUCGGUCAUGUCAAAGUAGACACAAACGAUGGUGGUCGUCUUGUGGAGGAGUGCUUGAUAGGCACAGAAUUUGUCGGAAAGACCGCCAACGGCACCCGAGUCAUGGGUAUGGUCCGCAACCGAGGUAUCGCAAACUUGGUUGAAGCAGACAGGCAGAGCCUAUGCCCCAUUCCAGAUGAGUGGAGUUUCGAGGAAGCCGCUACUGUACCUGUUGCUUAUGGAACUGUAUACUACACCAUGAUCAUGUUAGGUGAGAUGAAACGCGGUGAAUCUAUUCUCAUCCACGCAGGUUCUGGAGGAGUAAGUCAGGCCGCCAUCAAUGUGGCGCUCCACUACGGCUGCGAAGUCUUCACCACAGUUGGAUCUGCGGAGAAGAGAGCAUUCAUCAAGAAGUUGUUUCCACAACUUAAAGACAGUCACAUUGGAAACUCCCGAGACACUUCCUUCGAAGACAUGAUCAGAUGUGAGACCAACGGCAAGGGUGUCGACAUAGUGCUCAACUCCUUGUCUGGUGACAAAUUACAGGCGUCAGUCCGUUGCCUGGCAUUCAGGGGUCAUUUCAUCGAGAUCGGCAAGUUCGACAUCAACAAAAACACUGCCAUCGCCAUGUACUUCAUAUCAAAGGAAAUUACCUUCCGAGGCAUCACGUUCAACUAUAUCUUCAAUCAGGACGUUAUGAUCAGGAAGCGCUUGCAAGAGCUGCUUCUGAGUGGCAUCAAGGAUGGUGCCGUCAAACCUCUGACUUACUGCACGUUUAAGGCGAACGAAGUGGAACAUGCCUUCCGUUACAUGGCUGCUGGCAAACACAUCGGAAAGGUGCUCGUCAAGAUUCGCGAAGAAGAGCCCAGCAGUCAUUCCAUCAGACCGGUUCCCAAACCCUUUGACGCUAUGCCAAGAUACAUUUGCAACGAAGACCACGUGUACGUAGUGGUCGGUGGUCUCGGUGGCUUCGGUCUAGAGCUGGCUGACUGGCUCAUCAUGCGAGGCGGCAGAAAGAUCCUGCUCACUUCCCGCAGAGGUAUCACUAAUGGAUACCAGUCGUCGCGAUUGAGGGCAUGGGCAGGGUAUGGUGCUGAGGUUCAAUUUUCAACACACGACGUCUCAACCGAGUCUGGGUGCGAGGGAAUGCUUAUAAAGGCUCUUAACAUGGGACCUGUGCACGCUAUCUUCAAUUUGGCAGUCAUCCUGAGGGAUUCCAUAUUUGAAAACCAAACUUCCGAGUCCUUCAAAACGUCGUUCGCACCAAAGGCACUUGCUACUAUGAACUUGGACAAACUGUCAAGGAAGCUGUGUCCAGAAUUAAAGGAUUUCGUGGUCUUUUCAUCCAUGUCCUGUGGUCGUGGUAACGCUGGUCAGACAAACUACGGUUACUCCAACUCUGUGAUGGAGAGAAUUUGUGAAGAGAGGAAGGAGGUUGGUCUACCAGCCAUGACCAUACAGUGGGGAGCUAUUGCAGAUGUGGGUUUGGUAGCCGACACACAGGAAGAUGACGUCCAACUUGAGAUCGGAGGAACCCUCCAGCAGAGAAUAUCUUCCUGUCUGACUUCUCUCGAUAAGUUGAUGAAACAAAGCGCUCCUGUCGUGUCUUGUAUUGUAGUGGCUGAUAAAAAAGCUGGAAACGUAGAAUGUGCCAAUGCAAUAGAUGCUGUUGCACAGAUAAUGGGUAUCAAAAAUUUGAAAUCGGUAUCGCAACAAACUUCUUUGGCCGAGAUGGGUAUGGACAGUAUGAUAGCUUUGGAGAUCAAAAAAACUUUGGAAAGAGAUUUUAAAAUUUUUUUGAAAGUCUGCGAUAUUAAAAGUUUAACUUUCACCAGACUAGCAAAACUAACAGCACAAUGCAGAAGCGAAACUUCAUUCUCUACAUCAGUAUCCAAACACGUUGAAGGAUCUGUCGGUCUUCGUGUGCUUAUGAAGAACUUUGGAGAUGAGGAAUUAGCUUCAGAAUCUUUUGUGUACAUGCCUUCUAUGAUCAGCAACGGAAUCGAGGACGAUGAAGUUAUCCACAUUAUACAGCCCAUAAUGUUCUUGGUACCGGGGUUAGAAGGGUCGGCAGCUACUUUGGAGCCCCUUUGCAGAAGACUUAAGAUUAAGGUCUGCGUGCUGCAGCUUGGAGUAGAACACAAGAACGAGAACAUGGACCAGAUGGUCGACAGGUUACACCAGACGGUGAUAUCCAGAUUGGCGCCCGGAGCUCCAUUCUGGCUCCUCGGAUACAGUUACGGUUCUCUCCUUAUUUUGGAACUGGCUUCCAGGCUGGAGAAGGAAGGUUUCAAGGGAACAGUAUUUUGUCUGGACGGUGCCUCUGACUUCCUCUACGCUCUCCUAACAAUGACUAUCAGCUUCAAGAACGACUUCCAACUGCAGAAUAACUUGCUAUGUCAUACCGCCGACAUCAUCGCCCCCAAAAACGACGUCACCAAGGGUCUUAUGGAGAAACUCAACGAGAUCGAGUCUUACGAUGAAAGAGUCGCUUUGACCAUCAAGACAUCGCCAGUCCAGAGCAAGUACUCCGACAAGUUCAUCGCAAACAUAGCAAGAGCUACAUUAAACAGGCUAAAAACCAUCCUGGACUUAGAACCGAAGGCCUUCAGGAAGCUACAGUCUCCAGUCAUCCUCCUUCGUCCCAAAGAGAACCCGUCCUUCGUAGCUGUAGAAGAGAACUAUGGACUCGACAAGUACACAGAGAACAAUGUCACCGUACACUUCUUGGAGGGUAACCACGUCUCUAUCAUUGAGAACAAGGAUUGUGCUGACAUCAUCAACAGAAUUUUGGUUGAGAAUGAACCUUCGAUAAAAAAGUAAUUAUAGAAUUAUGUAAUUGUUUGUCAUUAAAAUACUUUGUAAGUUAGUGAUAGCUCGAUGUUUUUAUGGGUAGAAUAGGAUGAAAUA